AUGAUCCUGGCUUUGGUAUCUCACCCCGGAAAGGCCGAAGUGAGCCCGCAAAUCCCCACCGCGGGUCCCUGCCGGCGGCAGCUCUCAGACCCAAGGGAGCCCGGGGUGGAGAUGCAGCUCCUGGGCCGUCCCCGGGGGCUGCGGGGAGAGGCCGCGCAACAUUCCCGGGGUCCCCCGGCUCAGAGGCGGAGAACCUGGGGCCCGGGCUCCACCAGCAGCUACCGCGAUGGAGAAACAGCCCGUUCUCCUCGGGAGGCCCGCAUUGCAGAGGCCGGCCCCAUAUCCUGGAGGAAGGCGUGCCGCAACUUCAUGCCAGAGGAGAGUCUGGACCCCUCGCGCUGCUCCCCAAUGUCUGAUCACAUUGGGUGGGAGGUGGCCCCGGUGGCCCCGGUGGCCCAGAAGCCAGAGGGCGUGGGGAGCCGCGGCCCCGCCUCGGAUGUCCUGGGCGGCGCCGGGGCCUGCGCUCCGCGACCCCGGGCCCCGUGGGCGGGGAGGAGCCACCCGAGCGGCCGCGGGAACCGUGACUCACCCAGCGGCGGCCGGGAGGGAAGCAGGGUGCAGGGUGGGGCGCGGGGCCCUCUCGCCCUGGCCUUUCCGCCGCCGCCGCGCGGCUGCGACCCUGGAAGCCACCUCUCCGACUCCUUCCCUCUGGCCCCGAGCCCGCGCAGGACGGCAGCACGGCUUUGGGCCGGAGCGCGUGCGAGCGGCCGCCGGGCCUGGCGCGCUGGCCCCGGGGAGCUGGCCCCGCGCGCCAGCCUUCUCCCCUUGGAAGGCGCGGCCCAGGUUUGCGAGGCCGGCCGGAACCCCGUGCAGAGGCCUGCCCGACGGCCUGGAGACACCGCGGGGGCCGGGCUGGAGCCCGGGGCAGAGCGCUUGCCCAGCGGGGGUGAGGUCCGCCUAGCGCAGGAAGCGAACAGCAAGACCAGUAUCAGGAUAAGGACGGUUUUCCGGCGCGGUGGCGCACGCCUGUCAUCCCAGCCACUCGGGAGGCUGAGGCAGGAGGAUGAGAUGGGGUCUUGGUAUGUUGCCCAGGCUGGUCUGGAACUCCUGGGCUCAAGUGAUCCUCCUGUGUCGGCCUCCUGAGUCGCUGGGAAUGCAGCAUGCACCACUGUGACUGGCAUUUUUUCUUUUUUAACUUAAAUGUUUCAUCCUUUGAGCAUUGAUACCUGUAAGAGACCAAUAGCGGUGCUGACGAGGCUUUUUCAGAUGCACAGUGAAUGACCUCGGCCUGGGGCCUGGAUGUCCAGUUAUCCCCAGCCUCUGGUCGCAUCCUUAAAAUCAGGCUUUCAUCCUGGGACUGACCCAAAUUCCAGAGGAGCCGGCAGCCCCAGAAGCUGGGGUGCUCUGCUUGGUGCCCCCACGCAGACCUGGCUCUCACAACCCCCGGUCUCUGAGCCAAGUCAAGUCACCGGUUCUUGCCCCUCUGCCAGUCAUCCUGCGAUGGCAUCUGAAGGAUAUCGGGACAUGCCACCCCAAAAUAUGCAACUCCGACGUCAGUAUUCUCUUGAGCGGAAGGAACUGCUCUGCUUUGGAUCUGGCUGGAGGGAGGCCUCCAAAGGUUCCUGUACUGGCAGCUUCCUGGGCGUGGGGAUGUGGAGAGGCGAGAGGUGGCGGCUCUUCAGCGGCUAGGCCUGUGGAAAGCGCCUGGGCUACGGGGUGGCGCUGUUGGGAGAGAUGACUGUGGUCCUCAGGGGCCCAGCUCCUUUCUGCAAGAAGGGCUGUCGUAGGAGGAGCAAGGCUGUCCCUUCCUGGGCUCUGGCUUCCCUCUCACCACGUGGUCGCUUCUGCCUGGGUUCCUGCCACUGUGGUGCACCGGCCACAAGGCCCGCACCAGAGCUGUGCAGGGACCAGGGACACACUCUUGGAUCCCCGGAACUAUGGCCAAAGGCCGAACUUUACCAGAAGCAGGUGUUUUGUUCUAGCAGCACCAGAGGGACGAGGACAGCAAGGAGGACCACGGAGACAGGAUAAGAAUCCUCCACCACCUGAAGACGUCCUUUAUUGCCUAAAAGCUGGGCAUACAUUUCCCUUCAAGAAGGUGACAGAAAAAAAGAAAAUGACAAAAAAAAAGUUUUAAUAAAGAAGCGAUGAGGUGGCACAGAUUUCCCUUCGAGGAGCUAUCCCCUGGCUCCUCAUCCCUGGAGAUGGAGAGCCGUCCUGGGCUGGGCCGGCACCGAGUCCUACCCAACCACUCCCACCGCCCCUCAGUUUUCCCGACUUUUUAAUAUACAUAUUUUUGGUCCUGGGGAUUGAACCCAGGGGCGCUUUACCACUGAGCCUCAUCCCCAGCCCAUUUGAUUUUUUAUUUUGUGACAGAGUCUCAUUAAAUCACCCAGGCUGGUCUCAAACUUGCGAUCCUCCUGCCUCGGCCUCCGCAGUCCCUGGGUCUACCGGUGUGCUCCCCAUGCCAGGCUUCCUGGCGUCUUUCCUAGCUACUUGCCCACGAAUUCACCACCCCCAAAGCCCAAACCCGCCUUCCUUUAUUAAAACCAUGUGUAAGCCCUGUGCUAACCACUGCCUUUUCUGUGAACGUCCUUGCUCAUGUUAAUGGAAACUGUGACUUUUCUAC